CAAACCAACAUGGCGCCGCUCUGUUGGGUAUGAGUGUGUGAGUUGGUCAUUUCUGCCAGAAUAAAGAUUUGGUAAAAUGUCUGAUAUUAACGACAUCGGAGAUGUAGAAGUCAUCAUUCAAGGAGAAGAAGACAAAACAGCUCCACAGUGUCCACAUGGACCUACGGUUCUGUUCCAGGUAACAUGCAAAGGCUCGAGGAAUGGAAGGAGAUUUUACGCUUGUUCUGCGUGCCGUGAUAGAAAGGAAUGCAACUUUUUUCAGUGGGAGGACGAAAAGGUUUCAGAAGCAAAACUGCUUGUGCGAGAACAGCAUAACCUAUUAAAGAGGCCCCGCUACACUCAUGUAGAGUACUGCUCGAGAUUCAGAGAGUUCGUGUCCCUGCCACUGGAUCAGAGGAGGUUUUGUGUGGAUUGUCAAAUCCUACUCCUCCCCGAAGAAUGGACCAAUCAUGCCUCGCACAAGGCGCUUAAUGAUGACAUCUCAGUGGCACGCUUGAGAAGACCCAGUCUAUUGCUAUGCCCCUUGGAAAAUAAGAAGAGUAAUGCACAAUACUUGUUUGCUGAUCGCAGUUGCCGUUUCCUUCUGGAUGUGUUGUCUGGAUUAGGAUUCCAGAAGGUUCUCUGUGUGGGAACGCCACGAUUACAUGAAAUGAUUAAGAUACGAAGCACAGAGAGUAGGACUGAUGCCAUGAAGAGUUUAUUACUGGAUAUUGAUUUCAGAUAUUCCCAGUUUUAUGGCCAGGAUGAAUUUUGUCAUUAUAAUAUGUUUAACCAUCACUUCUUUAAUGGAAAGGCAUCCAGAGUUUUCCUGGACUUCCUGACAGAGGGCGGAGCUAAAACAGUGAUGGUGGCAGACCCACCCUUUGGGGGUCUGGUAAAGCUACUGGGUGAUACAUUCUCCAAGAUAUCAGAGACAUGGAGAAAGCUUCAGGGAACAGCCCUCGGAGAUGCCGUCUCGGAGAUGCCGAUGAUCUGGAUAUUCCCAUACUACUUUGAGCCACGAAUUCUUGACUGCUUCCCUUCAUUUACCAUGUUGGAUUAUCAGGUGGACUACGAUAACCACCCAUUGUACAAGCAUGGGAAGUCUGGACGCAAGCUGUCUCCUGUUAGGCUGUUCACCAACCUCUGUCCUGAAGACAUCGUUCUGCCAUCAGACGAAGGUUACAGGUUUUGCAGCAUUUGCAAGAGAUAUGUCUCACCAGAGAACAGGCACUGCCCAGAGUGUGACGCGUGCACAUCAAAGAAUGGAAGACAGUGGAAGCAUUGUUCAGAAUGUGGGAAGUGUGUGAAGCCCUCCUGGCAGCACUGUUCAUCAUGCAGCCACUGUGCCCUCCCGGGUCAUCAGUGUGGACAGACAGGCUGCUACCACUGCGGUAGGCCAGGCCACAAACACAGAGCCUGUCCCAGCAAGUGCAGGAAGGGCUUACAGCAGCAGAGGAGGAGAAAGGGUGCUCGAAGCCUGUUGAGCUGUGACUCGAAAACCACUGGCAAAAACAAGCCGUCCAAGAAGGGCUACAGGAAGCAGAAAACGGUCACAUGACUUCACUUGUACAGUGUAUUGGUAACGUCUUGCCACAGUCAGGGGGCAGACUGAUGGCUCUUGUGAGGUCAUUUCUUAGGUCAGACAGACUACACCAGCCACAUGCCUCACUGGCAAUGCACCUUUAACACGGUUGAAAUAGGGACAUUUUAUUCCAGUGAAGAAUGAAGAUGGCGAAAACUUCCAGUAGUAUCCUGGAAUACUCUAAAACCAAGGUAUAUCAGCAACUGUACAAUGAUUUAAAAGUCAAAUCUGUUUUUUGACUUAUCGAAUCAUUUGAUCAAAUCACUUGGAUGAGCUAUUUGAUACAAUUAAAAAAAAAAAACUUACAUUGUGGUUCAUUAAUACAUAUGGGGACUUGGAAAAAAAAUAACUACAACAAAACAUGUAAAAGACAUUUAUUCCAAACAUAAAAUCAUGCUAAAUAUCAGUCUUAAAUAAUUUUUUUUUAAAGCUGCUUUAGCUGGAAAAUAAAACAGUAUCUUAGACAUUUAGUAUUAUUUAAUGACCAAAAUGUUUAGAGAUCUUGUAAUUCAAGUUUGGUUUAUUCGUCACAUACAUAGUCAUACACAGUAUAACUCGCAGUGAAAUGGUGGGUAAUUGAGUAUCAUUUUCACAAAAAUGUUAGUGUUACUUUUUUUUUUUUUAAGGUGUAAUCCAGAUGCUUGCCAUGUUCAGAAAACAGGCUCUGAAGAAGCUUCCAUUAGAUCUCUACAUGCAAGUAGUAGCUGGACGGCGAGAGAGUGUUCUCUGAUAUUUAAAACUAAUAUUGGUACAGUUAGUUCAUUACCAAAAUCCAAAUAAGCAAGUUAAAUUAUAUUGUAAAUAGAGUGUGUGGUGUGCUUUACCUUCAUUAGGUCAGAAUUUUAGAUCAGCAAUCCACAAAUGCAAACAAUAUUAAAUCAAAAUUCUAGUAUAUAAAAAAUGUUUUAAAAAGUACAUUUACAAGUUCAUUCAUCAAAGUCUUGACCCAGAAGUUAACGUUUUCCCAUAGCACAGCUAAACACUAUACAUGCUAUGAAAAACCUUACACACCAUGACUAAGUAGUGAUCUUUCAUGACCUAUGAAAAUGUUGCAAUAUGCAAAUGUGUAUAUGAAUCCGGGUGAGUAACUGCAGUGUACCGUAGUAAAAUAUGUAGAGUCAAAAUU